AUGCCCGCAAACUCUGGCCGCGUUCUUCUCGCUUACUCUGGAGGUUUGGAUACCUCCUGUAUCCUCGCCUGGCUGAUCGAGCAGGGAUACGAGGUCUAUGCUUUCAUGGCCGACGUUGGUCAGGAAGAGGACUUUGCUGCGGCUGAGGCAAAGGCUCUCAAAGUCGGUGCCAAGAAAUUCUUCCUGGAGGACUUGAAGCGCGAGUUCGUGACUGAGCUCAUCUACCCUGCCGUCCAGGCCAACUGCAUUUACGAGAAUGUCUACCUUCUUGGUACUUCACUUGCCCGGCCAGUUAUUGCGCGUGGCAUGAUUGCUGUCGCCGAACGCGAAGGCUGCGACUACGUCUCUCACGGAUGCACCGGCAAAGGAAACGAUCAAGUUCGAUUUGAACUUGCUUUCUACGGAUUGAAGCCAGACAUCAAGGUUAUUGCUCCUUGGCGUCUCCCUGACUUCUACAAUCGAUUCCCUGGUCGUCAAUCUUUGCUUGCCUAUGCCGAAAAAUCUGGCAUUCCCGUUGUCCAAACCGCGGCUAAGCCAUGGUCGACGGAUGAGAACUUGUUCCACAUCUCGUACGAGGCCGGAAUUCUGGAGGACCCCAACGUCACUCCCCCUGCUGAUAUGUGGAAGCUGACCACUGCUCCCGAAGAUGCACCCACUCAACCGGAGCGCAUUGCCAUCGAAUUCAAGGCUGGUCUCCCCACUCGCGUUGUUGUCCCUGAGCAAGCCAAAGAAUACACCGACGCUGUUGAAAUCUUCCUCGCCCUCAAUGCUCUCGGAAGGAAACAUGGUAUUGGUAGAAUCGACAUCGUUGAGAACCGAUUCAUCGGCGUGAAGUCCCGUGGUUGCUACGAAUCUCCUGGAGCUACUAUUCUCCGUGCCGCACACGUCGAUCUCGAAGGUCUUACUCUCGACAGGAACGUCCGCGCACUCCGCGAUCAGUUCACCACCAUUGAAUUUAGCCGAAUCCUCUAUAACGGCCAUUUCUUCACCCCCGAGCGCGAGUUCAUCACCAGCUCCAUCCCUGCCAGCCAAAGGACCGUCAACGGUCUCGUCAAAUUGAAGCUCUACAAGGGCAACGUCGUCAUUGAGGGACGUGAGAGCUCUGAGGGUCUUUACGAUGAACAGCAAUCCUCCAUGGACGAGCUGGGCGGAUUUGAGCCAACUGACACAACUGGCUUUAUUGCCAUCGAGUCAAUUCGCAUCAAAAAGUGGGCGCAAGCCAACAUUCGCAAGGGUCAAGCCGGUGUUGCUCCCAAGGAUGUUUAUGGUAGCCGAGUUUAA